UCUGGCUCAGAGAGGUGUCAUGGGCUUCCAGAAGUUCUCUCCCUUCCUGGCUCUCAGCAUCUUGGUCCUGUUGCAGGCAGGCAGCCUCCAUGCAGCACCAUUCAGGUCUGCCCUAGAGAGCAGCCCAGACCCAACCACACUCAGUGAGGAGGAAGCGCGCCUCCUGCUGGCUGCACUAGUGCAGGACUAUGUGCAGAUGAAGGCCAGUGAGCUGGAGCAGGAGCAGGAGCAGGAGCAGGAGCAGGAGCAGGAGACCGAGGGCUCAAGCCUGGACAGCCCCAGAUCUAAGCGGUGCGGUAAUCUGAGUACUUGCAUGCUGGGCACAUACACGCAGGACUUCAACAAGUUUCACACGUUCCCCCAAACUGCAAUUGGGGUUGGAGCACCUGGAAAGAAAAGGGAUAUGUCCAGCGACUUGGAGAGAGACCAUCGCCCUUAUGUUAGCAUGCCCCAGGAUGCCAACUAAACUCCUCCCUCUCCUUCCUAAUUUCCCUUCUUGCAUCCUUCCUAUAACUUGAUGCAUGUGGUUUAGUUCCUCUAUUGUGGCUCUUUGGGCUGGUAUUGGUGGCUUUCCUUGUGGCAGAGGAUGUCUCAAGCUUCAGACAGGAGGAAAAAGAGCAGGACUCACAGGCUGGAAGAGAAUCACCCGGGAAAAUACCAGAAAGUGAGAGCUGCUUUGAGUCCCCCAGAGAUGUCAUGAGAGCUCCUCUGUUCUGCUUCUGAAUGUGCUGAUCAUUUGAGGAAUAAAACUAUUUUUCCCCAAAGA